AUGGCGGACACGGCUUCCUCCAUGCCGGGCACGGCUAACCAGCAGGAAACGUUUCUCAUAUGACAGUGCACAACUCGUCCCCUUCCCUCUCAUUUGUCAUGCAAGACGCCAAAUCCAGUCGCUGUCUCGUGGCAUUGUGUGCAUGACAAAUUUCGGAAGUAGAAACAGUACUACACUGGGCGCACGACACAUUUGUCAUGCAGAGGCUCUACGUGUGCUGGGGUUUGUAUUGCUGGUGUUCAUGCUAUAGUACAAAGAAGGGGGAGCAGCGGGAGGUGUGCACUCCCAUACCUCACGUCCGUAAAGGAGAAGAAACUGGUGCUCGCGUCCGUCCCCGGUGCCGGGCCGAGAAUAGUGUCCCUGGCAGAGAUAUGCAUCGCAAAAGUAGUAUCGCUAUCGUCCUGGUAGGAAUUAUUACAUCACAAAUUUUAUUUUCGGGAAGAAGACUAAAAGUUGGAAUUAGUACUAUAGUGCUGUUUCAAAUUUGGAAGAAUAUUUGUCAUGCCCGUGCAUUAUUUCAGUGACGUGAGUAUGAUUAUGAAUUACUUUUACCACGAGUAUUAAUAUCGGCCACUUUUGCAAUCCAUAAGCGAAGCUGAAGUCCUUGGCGCAGAACUUAUAUCACGAGAAAAAAGUGUUACAGUUACACAUUGUUUUGCAAGCUCAGCAUGACAGACAACCUCUGACAUGCCAGACAUGCUUCCGAGCUUCAUUUCAUUAGUGUUUCCCAUUAUGGUCUGCGCAUUGCAAGUUUUUCCUCUCAUGCAGAGAAAAUUUGUGUUGCUGAAUUGCCAACACAUGUGUAACUGUAACACUCUUUCGUGGGAUAACUUAGACGUAUCCGUCAGUACGCUGCUGCAGGAGCAUGAAAGAUAUCCUUUGCAAAAGUUGUAUCGUGCUCGGUGGAAUUAAAAUACACUGCAAUGAUCAUCUUCGUCCACCUCCACGAGGACAGAUCCGUGCCUACUUAAAUUCACUUGAAUCCAGCAUGACAAACUGCGUUUUUGUAGUUCUUGAGAAAAUCAUUUGCGAUGCAAUGCACCAGUAAAUACAACAAAAGCACGAUACAAGAACUUUUGCAAUUGUGCAUAACGGAGAUUUUUUCCUCGCCUACAAAACGCACAUGUACAACAUACAGAGGGAAUUUCGGCAGUUAAAGGAGCGCGCGGAUGAGGAAAUUUUGAAGACCUAUGAAAUGCAAAAGUAUCGUACUCGUAUAAAUGCAUCACAAAUCUCCUCAGCGUGAGAAAUUGAAUUUGUAAUGCGGAUUUGCCUUAAAAAGAAAAAGAUUUGUAAUGCAUGAUUGCAAAAUACGAGUGCGAUACUUUUGCACAGGAUAAGAUCCGAAGGGACUCGAAAAUCCAAAGCUUGGAAAAUAUCCGGUGUAAAGACGUCCCCACCUCCCCAUAUUCAAGUUGGCAGUUGUAAGUCUGCUAGACAAAUCAACCAGCUUUGGUUGUUGCGCAUGACAGGUUUUUUGGCCUCGUAGUCGUGUAAUAAUCCGGUUUACCUAGUUCACCAGCAUCACAGAUCUAUUUCUAAGAUGCUGCUUCGGGCACCACAAAUAUCAAUAAAACGACUAGAAAACGCCUCUCAUGAAGCUCUGCAUGAGAAACAUUUUAAGCGUGCAGGUUUACUGCAUGACAAAAAUGGGGUGGGAACGUUUUUCCAUAGGAUAGAAAAGGUGAGGCGCUUCUCGUCCUGCUUGAGCGAGUACUUGAUGCUCCGCAUGAUGACAAAAAUGGCUGUUGUGAAGAUGAGAACAAAAUCAAAUGUCAUCUGCGUGAAAAUUAUUUCUGAAGCUUUGGAUAAUUACUAGUUGCAUGAAAGUCAAAGUCGCGAAUUGGUUCUAGCAGUAAAACAUACAACUCUUUUAUCCAGGAAAAAAGUGUGUAAGUGUAUUACUUUCUUCGAGGAACAGCAUCACAAAUUUGCUCUGCAUGACAGAGAAAACCUCUCAUGCGUAGCUAGUACGUGAAAACACUUACAAGAAGAACCUCUGACGCAUGUCCAGCAUGACAAGUGUAGGCGUCUUGCAUCCUCUGCAACACACAUUGACACUUACACAGCUUUCUUAUUCUUCUUGCAUAUCUUCUGUAGGAGCUGGAGUGGUUCAUGACGGAGGCUCUGCGGCUCGAUGAACUGUGCAAGCAGCACAUAUGAGACUGCGGAAUUCGACGUCCCCCGCUCAGUAGUUGUCAUGCAACAUACUAAAUCUACACCCUGGUCCCUUUAGGCACUGUCCGCAUGACAAAUCUUGGAAAAACAAGUACCUCAAACACCACGACUACAAUCCGCGUGCAGAUAGGUUUGUCAUGCGGAAGCCACAUAUCUCCCGUUUGCUUGUGUUGCUCAUCAUGCCAUGCAAAUCACGGGAAGAGCAGGGGGGGGAAGUUGUACAUUCUGAUAUCACAAGCGCGAAGUGGACAAGUGGCGAGCAAAAACCGAAGCGCUGGAGGAAGACCGGCUUUUUCUCGAGGAUCAGAUCAAGGGCGCAAAACGACAAAACAAGGUUUUGAAAUUAUCCUGAGGAAAAACAUCCCUACGACCCCAGAGUCAAGAUGGGAAAUCUGCUAGAGAAAAAAGCAACAAGCUUUGGCUGUUGCGCGUGACAAGUCUCGAUCCUCGUAGUGUUGUAAUCCUGUUUAGAUUAGUUUAUCAGCUUCACAGAUGUAGCAUAUUAUGCUGAUUAGAGCAUGGCAAAUUCUAAAACACGACUACAAGACUAUGCUUCUCAUGGGGCUCCGCACGAGAAACAUUUUCAGCAUGCAGAUUUGCAUGACAACUAUGGGGUAGGGACGUUUUUACGCAGAAUAGAAAGCAGCGGUGGAACGGGCACAGGCGAGCUAUGCAUUGCAAUAAAUUUCAUGUCUGGGUCUGGAAUAAAAGUUCGAACUUAUGAUGCACCAUCUGGAUCACACAGAAAUUUGUCUUGCAUGAGCGCAUAACGCUGCCCAUCUUUUGCUACGCAAGUAGGAAUUUGCUCAUGCGGAACAAGCAUCGAGAGGCCUGCGCAAAACCUGUAGUGAUGUUGCGUGCAUUUGAGACCAACAUCUGUGUGAUCCAGAAAAUGCAUGACAAACUCCUAUACUCUACUGCCAGACCCAGAUCGAUAUUUGCAUUUGAUACGAGCACAAAGGUUCUCGGCUUUUUUUUUGUUCAUUUCGGAUAAGUAGUGUAUCAGAUCCAUCUUCGUGUUGCGGGAGCCACAGUAGCUCCUGCAGGACGAGUCGUUGUUUUGUAAUAAAUAAGACACGACGGACGACGAGAAAACUAAAUCAAGUUCCGAGAAGAAACAGAACAGCACUGAUGUAGAAUAAACAAAUUCGAUGAUUGAACAACACUUAAAUCCGAACAACAAGGUCGCCCUGCAAUCCAAGCAAGACGAGAAGAACAAACAGCUUGCCAUACACGAAACUACGGCCAACAACGAGUCAAACCCCUCGGACUUGGAAAAAAUCGCCUAUUAUCGAUGGAAACGCAAAAAGCUGUUUCAGUCACUCCUCUUGUAAUUUCUUAUGCGGACAGUGUCCUUGAGUAGUAGAUAUGCUCAUGCUGGUCGAAGAAUUUGUGUUGCUGAGUGUCGUGCAAAUACUAGUGCGGUUUGAGACUAGUGAGACAGUUUUUUGUCUCGGGAUACGUAUGUGGACGCGAUUAGAAGACUGCAGGAGUGUCUAUCGGAUUCUCAAAUCAGUUGCAUUCUCAGCUGUGACAUGAUUUGUUGUCAUGGAAAAUUACGAUUACCACAAGAAGGCCGCCAGAGGACCAAACUACUUCGCAUGACAGAUUAUUGAAUAGGGCUAAGUACCUACUAGCAUCUUGAUCUGUGCCAAAUUUGUGAUGCGAAAGUUGCAAGCUUGCCGAUUUCACUGUUGCUGUUCUUGCGUCACAAAUUCAUCGUAAAAUAGGCAGUUGAGAGCGUAACGCUUGAGAACACCAUAAUGCCUGCGAGAAGAGCAGGCGAAAGCAAGGAGUCUGAGGAGUCAGCGGGCCGAUAUGCACUGCAAAAGCAUCGUACUCGUAUUGCGAUCAUGCAUUACAAAUCUUUUUCUCAAAGGUAGAUCAGCAUUACAAAUUUUUUGUGUCAUGCUGAGGAAAUUUGUAAUGCAUAUAUACGAGUACGAUACUUUUGCAGUUCAUAGCCGACCAUUUUAGUAGAAAGUCAGGCUUGGAUAUCCCACGAAAAAACUGUCUCACUGUGAUGAUUUUGCAAGAUCUGCGUCACAAGUUCGCGACACGUGACGCAGGGAAUUUGCCAUGCGCACUUCCCAAGGGAAAGCUACACGGUUGAAAAUCUAAUGUCUUCGCAGGUGUAGUAGCAAGACAAACACUAUAGCGCUUCAUUUCCUGCAUCACAAGUUCACGACAACGAAGCAGUUUUUUCCCGCGAUAUUGGAAGAAUUUUUCCUCCAGUGCAUCGACGAAUCGCGAAAGCAGUUGGGGAAAGGAAGGUACUAUACUGUUACUUCUGGUUCUGUAUGAAAACUGCUUUAUCAUUGCAUAACAAGAAGUGCUCACUUGCAUCAUAGUACCUGCUCCGCACUUGUUGUGAAUGGGAUUGUCGCAUGACAAAAAAUCCUCGAAAGAAAUAAAGGUACCCGCCGAACAUCGAAGGCAUUCUCGCAAGUGAGGAAGCGCUGGUAUCCGACUGCAUAACUCGUCCCGCUCCCCCUCAUUGAUUUGUAUACCAUGAACGCAACGGCAAUUCAAGCGGCAGCAAGCCUGCUGGUUUUGCAUCAGAAAUUUGCACAGCAGUGUAGAAGUUUCAUUUGGGUUGCAGCUAGAACUUGGCAUGCUCAUGCAAACAGUGCCAAGAGGAAGAGGCACAUCAGUGUGCAUUAAUUUUUGGGAUUUGCCAUGACCACAAAUGACGGGGAGGAGGGGAAGUUGUGCAUUUCCAUAGCGGGUGUUUCUGUACGAGAAGCUGUUCCCGUAUGGGUUUCUCAAAUCGAUUGCUUUCUCAGCUGUUACAUGAUUUGUCAUGCAAAAUUGCAGCUAGCAGCUGCCACACGGUCGACGUGCUUCGCGUGGCAAAUCCUCGAAGUGCUAAACAGCCCUCGUCUUGGCUCCCGCAGGACGCGGCAUAGAAAGUCCAUGCCGCCCGGAGAAAGAAAUCUCCGAUCUGUGUUGCGCAAAAGCAACUUUGGGACCGGAUUUCUUUUCCACGGGCGGUAUGGAAUUUCUACGCCCUCGCCUUGGCUCCCGCAGGACGCGGCGUAGAAAGUCCAUACCGCCCGGGGAAAGAUAUCUCCAAUCUGUGUAUGCGCGAAAGCAACUUGGGGACGGGAUUUCUUUUCCACGUAUGGAAUUUCUACGCCCUCGCCUUGGCUCCCGCAGGACGCGGCGUAGAAAGUCCAUACCGUCCGGGGAAAGAAAUCUCCGAUCUGUGUUGCGCAAAAGCAACUUUGGGGCCGGAUUUCUUUUUCACGGGCGAUAUGGACUUUCUACGCCCUCGUCUUGGCUCCCGCAGGACGGGGCGUAGAAAGUCCAUACCGCCCGGGGAAAGAAAUCGCCGAGCUGUGUUACGCAAAAGCAACUUUGGGGCCGGAUUUCUUUUUCACGAGCGGUAUGGACUUUCUACGCCCUCGCUUUGGCUCCCGCAGGACGCGGCGUGGAAAGUCCAUACCGCCCGGGGAAAGAAAUCUCCGAUCUGUGUUGCGCACAAGCAACUUUGGGGCCGGAUUUCUUUUCCAGGGGCGGUUUCGAAUCGUCCGCCCCGCUGCCGAACAGCCUGCCCCCGGGAGUCGCGCUUCUCGCACUAAGUCGCUAUGCGCGCGCCUCCUGAUGUGAGGCGAGGCCGAGGCCGAGGGGGGACACUGUCCGCCCUGAUGCCGAACACCCUUCUCCCACUCGCGCCACUAGGGGCGCACACAAGGCCCCAGCGUGGGGACCCUGCUCCCACGCGUGGGCCUUGUUUGUCAUGCAAAAUUACUUUCAGCUGCCACACGCACGGUCGAGGUACAUGCUUCGCCUGGCAAAUCCUCGAAUUGCUAAACAGGCUCAUAGCGAAUCUGUGCCCAAUUUGUAACGCGACAGGUUCAACAAGCUCUCCCUUUUCGCUUUUGCUAUUCUUACGUCACAAAUUUUUCGUGUAACAGUUGAGAGGGUAAGAACGUUUGGGAACGCGAUAUCCCACAGCGAGCCGGGCUUCCGGACAAGAUACGGGUGUCGGGCUCUGCGUGAGGAGGAGGAGGAGGAGGAGGACUUUCAUCAGGCUGUGAAGCAGAAUGUAGCAUAUGCUUUUUGUGCUUGUGCAGCAGUUCCUGCGAGCAAAAAGAAUUCGGAAGAAGUCACUAAAUUAUACCAAUACCCAACAAGGUUAUCUAAACGAUAAACAUCAAAAGCAAAGCAAUUCCAAUUGGCGAAUAAGUGAUAAAACAACCCGGAACUACAUCAUCAAUCCUGAUGUUGAGCUUUUUUACCAUUCAACAAAGAGCAAAAGCAAAACAGAUUAGUCCAACAAGUAAGUCGUAGGGCGUGGUGGUCAGUCGAGAUGAUCAAAAAGCACCAGCGCGGAAGUAGUCGCUUUUGAAACUACAAAUGCGUGUCCUCUUCUUCGUAUGUUGCCGUUUUUUUGAAAUCAAAUGAUGCACAGGACAAAGACG